AAGGCGGCUGUGGAGAAGGCGGCUGUGGAGAAGGCGGCUGUGGAGAAGGCGGCUGUGGAGAAGGCGGCUGUGGAGAAGGCGGCUGUGGAGAAGGCGGCCGGAGAGACAGCGCGGCGACUCGAACGGUCGACUCGCAGCCCCCAACCUCCGAUCUGGCCCGUUUCCUUCGCUGACCGCACCUACCUCGAACUCGUCGACGACCCCGUUUGGAAGCACGCCGGAGGACCCAUCUGGCAACCAUUCGCCGGGAACCGGAUGUAA